AUUUUUUAAGUAAUGAAACUGAUUAGUAAUUUUGGCGGCAACAGAAACGAUACAUAUGCAAUCUUGACAAAUGUGCUUCAUACUGUGUUACUUUAUUACUUCUUACUUAUUAAUUUUAUUUAGUUGUGUGAUAACUUAAUAGUAUUUAAAUUAAAAUUAUCUCAGUCUUCAAUAAUUUAGUUAAGAUCAUGGAUAUUCUAUGUGCAAUCUGUCUCCUACGUUUUCAAUCAUCUGAUGAAAUAAAGGGAACAAAAUGUGGACACGUUUUUCAUUAUCAUUGCCUCCAUAAUUGGUUAAAGAGAUCUAAAACAUGUCCUCAAUGUCGUGAACCAGUUUCUUCAUCGAGAACAUAUUCAAUGUAUUUUAAUUUUUCCGAUGAUGAAUCACACUGUGAAGAAAUGGAAAAACUCCAACAAAGACUAGAUGAACUCAAACAAGAAAUACAUAAAUUUAAACAAGAAAAAGAAAAAUAUAUAUCGAGUUUACUUAAAAGUAUUGAGAAUGAUGAAAAAAAAAUUGAUGCUUUAAAAUGGGAAAAAUUUAACUAUCGAAACGCUCUUAAAAAACUACAAGCAUCUCAAGAUUAUUAUAAAAAAUCUGAACAUGAUAUUCGACAAAAGUACACAAAGCAACUCGACAAAUUGGAAAAAUUACAACAGAAAUCCGAAGCAAAAAUUUGUCAGCUUACGGGACAAGUUCUUUUGUGGGAAACAAAACAUAAUCUUUUGCAAAUCCAGCUUUCAAACAGAAAAGUUUCACAAAAACCAUCAAGUACAAAGUCAGCAUACGAUACAUCAUCUAGUGCAAACUCUGAUGGAACAAGAGUCCAAUUAAAACGACGUUUAAAUACAAAUAAUAAAGAAAAUAAACUGCCAGAGACCAAUCAAAAAUUACCAUCGUAUCGCUCAACAUCUACCGUUAAAGGAAAUACAGGAAUAACAAAAAAACUUAAGUCAAAGAACGACGGAGCAAUUGUGGAUUUAAUUACUCCAGUCAAGGAAACAAGAAUGAGAAGUAAUCGUGUUCCAGAACGUACUAAAAGGACCCUACGUAGUAACCAACCAUAAAUUUCAAGGUUUUAUAUAUCUAUUAUAUCCAUCUUUAAAUUUUGAAAAUUUUGUAAGCUAAUAUAUUUUUUUAUUAUAAAUAUUAGAAGGAUAAAUGAUAAAGGUCAUAAAUGUAGCUAAUACUUAAACAUUUUUUUUAAUGACUUAGAAUCAUGACCAAUUAAUAAUAGUUUAUUAUUGAAUUUUAUUUAAUAUAUAUAUGCAUUGGAGGAAAGAAAAAAUAUUUAACUAAUAAUAGAAUUUACAGUACUUAUGUCAAAUGAAAUUAUAAAAUGGAAAGUAAAUUAUUAUGUGGAAAAUUUUCUAUUUUCAUAUAAGUGGGUAUAGAAAAUAAGUGUAUAUUGGAUUUUAUAUCGAUAAAUUUCAAUGAACAAAAUAAUAGUUUAUCUAAAUACAGUUUAGUAGCUCACUUGAAAAUUUAGAAUAUUAUUUUUUUUUUUUAAUUAUUUUCGUUAAAGUUUUUUAAUUAUUUCAUCAUCGAU